GUGUGAUUUGUUGAAAGAAGAGUCUGAACGUAAACGUUAGUUGUAUACCGAAGUAGUGUAUACUAUGUAAUUUACUCAGGAGUGCAGGAAGCCACUAAUAUACAGAUCCUGAUCUAGAGAUGAAAGCCUAGGAAGCAAUAUAUCCCAUUUCUAAGAUUUCAUCGAUUUAAGCCAAGAUGAACAUGAUAGAAGUGGAUCCAAAGCUCUUUGUCAAAUGUCGAUUAUGUUUGGAUGAAACUGGACAGUAUCAAAUAGUCCCUAAUGUACAAAUGCAAAUCAAAUACUGUUUUGAUAUUAAUGUUGAACCAUUUGAUGGCUUACCCCAAUUAGUUUGUAAAAAAUGUGAAUCUAUAUUAAGCCAAUAUGCUGGUAUUAAACAAAUUUUUCAAGAAAAGCAAAAAAAUCUUAAGUCAAAAUUGAUUUCAAAUGCAAAGGUUGAAAACAUCAUUCAGCAACAACAGGAUACUGUAAGUUCCACGCAGGCUGACACUGACAAUAAAAAUAAACAGGAAGAGAUAACAAGGUUGAGAGGAAUAACACCUGUUCCAGCAAGACAUGUUUCCACAGAAUCUGAAACUUCUAUCCGUAGUCAGAGGAAAAAUAAAAAAAGCACUCAAAGCAAAAACUCAAAAAAAACAUGGCAAAGUACAUACAAAAAAUGUUUUGUGUGUCGUUUUUGUGCUAAACCUUUUAAAGAUAUAAGGGACAUUAACAGACAUAUUCACAAAAAAUGUAAAACCUAUAAAAAAUAUACAAACAUCAAUAAAGCAUACUGCUUAGUGCGAAUAAAUAAAAUGGGGGAAAAACUGAACUGUACUGGUUCCUUAGAUAAUGUUGUUAUCAGUAAAAAUAAAAUUAUUCAAUCCAGUGCACCAAAUUUUUAUGUUCUUUACACCAAUGAAUCAAAAAUUAGUUACCAAAAUGACUCGUCUGAAUCAUCUGAUGAGGACUUUUUUGUCGAUAGAAAAAAAUAUAAAAGACGAAGAUUGAUUUCUAGAAGCUCAAAUGAAACUGUUGUAAUUGAACAGAAUACUCGUAAGAGUUCUGACGACGAAAAAGUGGACAAUAUCAGAAAGCCAACGAAAAAUGAAAAUACACAAAUUGCUUCUGACAUUGAAUGUGUAAAUAUAGACGAUUCUGACAGCAACUCUACUAAAAGUAGUGAACAAACGAAAGAUUUAGAUUCAGAAGUACUUACUGGAAGAAUAAGCACAACUAAUGAUAAGAUGGUAAAUAAUAUUAUUGCAAUGUGUUUUACUAAGUACAUGAAUAGGUUAAAUGCUUCUGAUGGAAGCACUAGUAAAGGCAAAGAAGAAUCCUCUCUUAAACAUAAAAUAUUGAGUAUAGGAAGAAAAAUAAUUUGCAGUAACGGAAUAAACACAACUGGACUAUUGAGAUACAUGGAACAUAAAAAUCUUGAGGUAGUUUGGAUUUCGAAAAUAGAUACUAAGGUUAUAAUAAAAACUAGAUCAAAAGAAAGUGGGGAUAGUGAUAAUAGUAAUUUUGGUUGGGAAAAUAUUACAUCUCUUCCAAAUCAUAAUUAUGUAACUAAAGAUUUUGCUGUUGAUUUUGAACGAAUUUCAAUGCUGGAGAACUCCAUUAAAAAAAAAAUUGAAGACAAACAAUUAAAUCAAGUUAACCCGCAAUUAAAUAAAACCGACAAAGCGGGUAAUACAUAUCUUGGUAAUUUAAAGGAAAAUCAAAGUGUUAGGAAGAGUCAAAAUUGCAAACCAAAACUUUACGACACAACAGACGAUACUUCGACUCAAGUUUCUAAAAUUGACAAAAAAGUAAAUGAUAAUUACCAUUUACGUGCUGUUCUGGAUGCUGACAAAAAUUGGACAAAGUUGCUUAAUGCUAAUCCUGUGGCAAAUCCUAAGCAACUGCCCAAAAAAAAUACUUUUAAUGAACCAGCAUCUCUUGUUAAAAUAUAUUCAAAUGAAUUGCAGAAUGACUCUGAUGGUGCUGAAAAUGCUAACACUGAUCAAGGAAAUGACACCUUUCACAACAUGCCUAUUAUAACAUCCACAGUAUCACUUGCGCCAGUUGAUAAAGAUCAAUCAAAUGUUAAUUGUAGGGAUGCAAAUGCAAAUGCAAAUAACAAUAAAAGUGUAUCACAAUCUACUAUGCCUAAAAUCAAAGUCAAACCUGUAUCUGAGCUAAUGCCUGAAGGGACACUAGGCCAACAAAAUAACACUUUUGUUUCAACCACAGGCUGGACAGUAAACAAUGAGAACCACAACCAAAAUGUUGUGCUGCAAACAAAUACCACUAACAUGGUUUAUGUAGCAAGCGGAUCAUUUACAAAUGUUAUUCCUUUGCAACAAGAUGUAUUCUAUUCACAAAAGCAGAAUAUUGAAGGGGUUGUAUUAAAUCCUAAUGUAAAUCCGUCAGGAUCAAACCAACUGGGACAAAAACAAGAUUUUGUUAAAUUGCACACUGUUGACUUGCCAAAUACUAAAACUGACUCACCAUUUCGGUAUUUUAAAAAUUUAUUGCAAGUACACAACAUACAUUUGAUAGACGGUGAUAAUACUAUGACAUUGUCGUUAAAUUGUCUCAUGAAAUUUAAAGUUCUUUUCGAACAAGAUACCAAUUCACCUGUACACCUGUGUUUGUUUUUGUUAUGUGAAACUAAUGUAUUUUGUAUAAAAGUUAUGGAUGAACAUCUGAAAAAUAUAGAUGUAUCCCAAUUUACCGCUAAUUGGCAAUGGGAACUACUAAAAGUAUUUAUAGGCGAAGAUGUUGUGCCUAAAAUGCUCGCAAACGCCCUGAAGAUUAAUAAUUCUCUGUACAAUCAAACAGCUUAUUUUAUAAAUUUGCUAAGGUCAAUAGUUUUUUCAAAAGUACCAUAGUAGAAAGUGUGUUAAGUUUCGAAUGAGUCGCACCCAAUCGUGUCACACUGUGACUCGUUAUGAACCGCAAUUAAAAAAGAAGGUUAUAACGUAGCAGGUGUGACUCGAUGGGACAGAAAAUUCCCAACCAUACUUAUUUAUUUGUAUGAUAGGUAAAUAAAUUAUCAAUGGCAAAGGAAUUAGUUGGAAAAAAAAAUCUUUUCAUAAUUAAUCUAGGUUUUUUUACCCUUUGAUAAAUUUGCACCCAUCUAUCUAUCUAUUUAAUAGCUCCGUCAUAGACGCACAACCUAUGAUAGGGAUUGUCGAUGGAGAUUUGUGGAAUAACCCAACUAAUUUACUAAUCAAUAUAACCCAUACUUUCCCCAUCAAGUCACCCAUGUAACAAGUUGCAACAAUUUUAUCAAUUACAGUUCCCUACAAUGGGAAAAAAAUCCCAACGAGUCAUCAAACAACAGUGUGACACAAUUAGGUGCGACUCGUUUCGAACUCACCUACUUUCUUCCAAAAAAGAAUACAAUGAAAUGGAUGUCACUAAUUUAGACUUGUCAAUCUAAUUCAGCUGAGAGUUUUGUGUACAAUAGCUGAUUAGUUGUGUUAUAAUAUUCCACAGAUAUGGAUAAUUCACUGAUAAUGAUAUUAUAUUUUGAUAAGUUGUAGUGUAUGAAUUUUUGCAUUGUUCUCUAUUUUCAUUAAUUAUACUUUUAAACCGAUGGUA